AUGGACGAGUCCACUGCGUAUACCCAUGGAAGUCCUCUCCUAAGGCUUCCGCUCGAGCUGCUGCUCCGCGUCAGCCAUCAUCUGACGACCAUCGAGCUGGGCAACCUACGCUUGAGCUGUCGGCACGUUGAGAGCAGCCUCUUCCACAGUUUCGCGCGCGAAUUCUUCCUUCACAAGCAGUUCAACCUGACCGAGUUCAGCCUGAAAGCGCUCGUUGCAGUGUCGCGCAGCCGGAUGGCGCCGCACCUGCGCUUCCUGCACAUUGGACUCGAGACUGUCUCUCACGCGAGCAUGUGCCAAACGCAGCGCUCGACGGCGCAUACGCACCGCCACAAUCGGCUGCACGCCGAGAACUGGAUCCUCUCCGCCACCGGCCAGGAUGUGGUGCUGCUGGCCGAGGCGCUGCGGGGGCUGGUGAAUCUGGAAGACGUGGUGCUGCGGGAUACCAAUUCCUCGCGAAGGUCGAGGGACGGCCAUGGUGCGACGUGGAGGAGCUACGGAGAUGCCACAUUUCGGCAGCAGACGGGUACACUUCUGUCGAAUGCGAUGGCGCUGAGGGACGAUGAGUUUGCCAGCUACAGGGUGCUCAUUAAGACGCUGCAGGCGCUGGCCGCGGCGGAUGCCAAUGUGGGAGGGAUCGAGCUGCUGCUGCGCCGGCAUGGCGUGCCAUGGCGCGGCACGUUCUACAUCCCAGAGUAUCUGGUACCCACGGUGCGGCCGGUGCUGGCAAAACUGACCAAGCUACACCUCGUUAUUGGCGACAACUACCGCGCGCGGCCCAACGUCGACUCCUUCGAUGCGGAAACCUGGAGUUUUGACCUGCGCACCUUUCUCUCGUACGUGCCUAAUCUCCGCGAUUUCCGCUUCAACGGCCAAGGCGGGAACACGGUCGUGUUUGCACGGUUCCUCGAAUGGCUCAGCCUCGACGCCGGCUCGGCCGCGCCGCCGCCUGCCGGUGUCACGAAUUCUGAGGAGACGGCCAUUAUUCAGGCCGGCCCGCCGCCUGUCGGCUUUCCGCAGCUCACCCGUUUCAGCCUCGGCAGGAUUUACGUGCAGCCGCCGCUGCUUGUGCGGCUGCUCCGCAAGUUUGCGCCGACGCUCGAGGACCUUGCCCUCUGGGAGGUGACGCUGUGCGUGGACGAUGAGCAGGAGCUCGUCGCGUGGCGGGGACUCUGGCAAGAACUGCGCGGCCUGGGCGGGCUCGACAAGCUGCGCCGGCUCAAGGUCGGACGCCAAACGUUCGACGAUGUGCAGGUCAUCCGGUCGAGGCCUGUCACCGCACGGUUUAGGGACGGCGGGGGUGAGGUCGAGUACAUAGGCUCCGACUGGCGGGCCUUUGCACGGGAGACGCUGGAGAGCGCGGAGAUUACACGCAUUGUGCAGGAUGAGGACAGUCAGGACAACGAAGACAGUAGCGACGAUGAUUAA